AUGGCACUCGAGAAAAAAGUUUGUUCAAAAUGCUGUAAAGAUAUUGCAACAAUCAACACUGAAGUUAAACAAAAUGUCAAUCAAGGGAAAAUUAACAUAAUAUUAAAAUCAUUAUCAGAAAGGAAACGUCGGACAGUGUUAAGGUACUUAAAAAAACAGGAAGAAACCAUAACUGACGAAAUGAUGUUACAUAUUGAAGAUAUGAUAAUAAAAAUGGACAAUAUUGACAUAGAUGAUGAUCUUAAUAGUAUGUCAAGUUCCAAUAGCUCCACAAGUUUUAAUAAUGAA